AUGGACCAACAAAAGUUCGUCGAUCUCUUGCAGAGCAUCCAGGCCCCCGACACAGAGAGAAUCAAGGCUGCGACGACUGAGCUUCGAAAGACCUACUACCCUCACCCACAGUCACUCCUAUGGCUUCUACAUAUCCUAACAUCUCACGAUGCUCCAGAAAUGCGCCAACAGGCUGCUGUCGAGGCCAAUCGUUUGAUCCCAAAGCACUGGAACGAUCUCCCAGAGGACCAGAAGCCAGCGAUCCGCGAAAAGCUGCUCGAGUCUACCUUGAACGAGCUUAAACCACUCGUCCGACACUCUGCGGCUCGCGUCAUCGCCUCUAUCGCGUCCAUCGAUCUCGCAGACGGAGAGUGGGCUUCCCUUCCCAACAACCUUUUCCAGGCUGCUACCUCUGGCCAAGUCUCGCACCGCGAAGUCGGAGUCUACAUACUCUUCUCUCUCCUUGAAGUAGCAUCCACCGCUUUCGAAGAUAAGCUCCAGGGGCUCUUCACGCUCUUGAGCAAGACAAUCCAGGAUCCUGAGAGCCCAGAGGUCCGCACCAACACCCUGCUCUGUCUUGGACAAGUUGCCAUGUUAAUCCAGCCCGAUGAGGACCCGGAGAACCUCACCCGAUUCAACGACAUCUUCCCAGCCAUGGUGGCUGUUCUGAAAAGUGCCGUUGAUUCGGAGGAUGAUGAUCGUGUUAUGCAAGCUUUCGAGGUCUUCCAGACGUUCCUUGGCUGUGAAUCUGCCCUCCUGAACAAACAUUUCAAGGACCUCCUGACAUUCAUGAUCGACCUGGGUGCCGAUACUUCUAUUCCGGACGAGUCUCGAGCCCAGGCCCUCUCUUUCUUAAUGCAAUGCGCAAGAUAUAGGAAGAUGAAGAUUCAGGGCAUCAAAGAUAUGGGAGAGAAUUUGACUCUUAAGGCCAUGCACAUUGCAACUGAGAUUGACGAUGAUGAAGACGAUGAUGAUAUUACUCCACACAAGACUGCGCUUGGACUUUUGGACCUCCUAGCUACUGCGCUCCCUCCUCGUAUGGUUGUCGUACCUCUCCUGGCGGCGUUGCCAAAAUACGUCAACAGCGAGCUGCCACACUAUCGUCAAGCCGGUAUUCUGUCUCUUGGCAUGUGUGUUGAAGGCGCUCCCGAUUUCAUUGCUACUCAACUUGAUGGCCUGAUGCCAGUAGUCUUGAAGCUGCUCAACGACCCCGAGAUUGGUGUGCGAGGUGCUGCCCUCAACGGUAUUGCCAGAUUGGCCGAUGACCUUGCAGAGGAGCUAUGUAAGCACCAUGCCGAGCUCAUGCCAGCUCUCCUCAAGAACCUUGACGCUGCCACCGUUCAGGCUUCUAGCGAGGCUGCUCAGGAGAAGAACCUCGAUAUGUUGAAGGCUGCCUGCAGUGCCAUUGAUUCCGUCACAGAUGGUGUUGAUAAGGCAGCUGUCGCCAGUUACAUCCCAGAGGUUGUCCCUCGUCUCGUCCAAUUGCUCAGCCACUCGGACCUCAAUGUCAAAGGAAGCGCUGCUGGUGCAAUCGGAUCUAUGGCUGGCUCUGCCAUGGAUGCCUUCUCCCCCUACUUUGAGGGUACGAUGGAGGCACUGUCCCCAUACGUCACUAUGAAGGAUAGUAACGAGGAGCUCGACCUCCGAGGCAUCGUCUGUGAUGCUAUGGGUAGCAUUUCGGAGGCCGUUGGCCCUGUCGCCUUUCAGAAAUACGUCCAUCCUCUUAUGCAAGCUAGCGAGGAAGGUCUCAACCUUGGACAUCCGAGAUUGAGAGAGACCAGCUAUAUCUUGUGGAGUACAUUGGCCAAGGUUUACAAGGAGGAGUUUGCUCCAUUCCUUGAUGGUGUUGUCAAAGCCCUCUUGGCUUCCUUGAACCAGGAGGAGUCUGAUUUCGAGGUCGAACUUGGCGAGGAGGCGAGAGAGUUGCUUGGCCAGGAGGUUGUUAUUGCGGGAAAAAAGGUCAAGGUCGCUUCCGCAUCUGAUGCCCCAGAGGAUCCCGAAAACAUGGAAGACGAUGGCGAUGAUGAGGACUGGGACGAUCUCACUGCCGUAACAGCGGUUGCCCUGGAGAAGGAGGUUGCUAUCGAAGUUAUUGGUGAUGUCUUAUCGCACACUCGCAAGAACUUUGUUCCAUAUUUCGAGAAGACAAUCGAGGUUACCGUCGGAUUGGUCGAGCAUUCCUACGAGGGAGUCCGAAAGGCUGCUAUCGGUACGCUUUGGCGAGCUUACGCAUGCCUCUGGGCCCUGAUGGAGGACCACACUGGCGAGGGGUGGGCCCCUGGCCUUCCGCUGAAGUCUCAGCCAUCUGGGGAGCUCCUUAAGCUUGGAGAGGUUGUCACUGCUGCGACCAUGUCUGUCUGGGACGACGAAGUUGACCGUGCCGUUGUCACCGAUAUCAACCGGAAUGUUGCUGCUACUUUGAAGCUCUGUGGUCCGGCUAUCAUGACCCAAGAGAACUUCACCGAGCGCAUGACCUCCACGAUUGCGUCUAUCCUAACCAAGACCCACCCGUGCCAAAACGACAUGGGUGACGAGGACGAACACGACGACGAGGAGGAGUCAUCUGAGUACGAUUGGCUCGUCAUCGACACUGCUUUGGACGUGAUCAUCGGCAUGGCCAAGGCACUCGGUGAGCAAUUCGGCGAAGUCUUCAAGAUCUACCAAAAGCCAAUUACCAAGUUCGCAUCCUCCUCCACCGGUUACGAGCGAUCAACAGCUAUCGGUGUCUUCGCCGAAUGCACAAGACACAUGGGAGCUGCCGUCACUCCAUUUACAUCAGCUCUCCUCAAGCUGCUUACGCACAAGCUAUCGGAUGAAGAUCCGGAGACCAAGUCCAACGCAGCCUACGCCAUGGGACUUCUGAUCUACUAUUCCACCGACUCUGCCGCCUACCUUCCCAGCUACAACGCCAUCCUGUCAAAGCUCGAGCCUCUCCUUCAAACAAGACGUGCUAGAACCUUGGAUAAUGCCUGUGGAUGUGUCUGCCGCAUGAUCAUGGCCCACCCAGACAAGGUCCCCAUUGGUGACAUCCUGCCUGUGCUCAUCGACCUCCUCCCCUUGAAGGAGGACUACGAGGAGAAUGAGCCCAUCUUUUCUUGCAUUGCUGGCUUGUACCAACACGAAAAUCAAGACAUCAUAAGCCUCACCCCCCAACUCAUCCCCGUCUUCGCCGCCGUCCUGGGCGAGCCCACCGAGCAACUCGACAUCGCGACCCGCACCAAGGUCAUUGCGACAGUCAAGUUCAUCGCCUCGAAGAACCCCAGUGCGAUCCAGGGCAACCCUGUCUUGGCCAACUGCCUUUGA